AUGAUAAAGAUUCAACACGAACAAGAACGACAACAUAAUUUCGAACGUUCUGGACUAAUUCUUGAACAUGAAAAGGAUUUACAUUUGAAAUUUUUUGAUAAUUUAGAACCGAUCGUUGUUAAAAGGAUUAUUAAAUCAUUAUCCAUAAAAAUAUUACGCGAAAAUAAAACUUAUGAUGAUGUUUAUCCGCUUCAUGAUGAUAAACCUACUUCAAAUUUGCCUUUCGAAAAGAUGAAUUUGAGAGCAAAAUUGGCUUUGUACUUUGCUUGGCUCGGUUUUUAUACUACAUGGCUGGCCAUAGCGUCUAUUAUUGGAAUAAUUGUUAUGAUUAACGGAUUAUUAGAAUAUUAUGUGAAGCUUUGGAUUCGUUCUGAAAAUGCAAACCAAGAUAUUGGGAUAAUGCUCUUACAGCCCCUUUUGCUUUAUUCAUGA